CCCCGGAGCCCCCCGCCAUGCCCCGGCGCGGCUGACACCGCCGCCAUGUACUCCCCGUAUUGCCUGACCCAGGAUGAGUUCCACCCCUUCAUCGAGGCGCUGCUGCCCCACGUCCGGGCCUUCUCCUACACCUGGUUCAACCUCCAGGCCCGCAAGCGCAAAUACUUCAAGAAGCACGAGAAGAGGAUGUCCAAGGAGGAGGAACGCGCCGUCAAGGACGAGCUGCUGGGCGAGAAGCCGGAGGUCAAGCAGAAAUGGGCCUCGCGCCUCCUGGCCAAGCUGCGCAAGGACAUCCGGCCCGAGUGCCGCGAGGACUUCGUGCUGUCCGUCACCGGCAAGAAAGCGCCGUGCUGCGUCCUGUCCAACCCCGACCAGAAGGGCAAGAUCCGCCGCAUCGACUGCCUGCGCCAGGCCGACAAGGUGUGGCGCCUGGACCUGGUGAUGGUCAUCCUGUUCAAGGGCGUCCCGCUGGAGAGCACCGACGGCGAGCGCCUGGCCAAGGCUCCCCAGUGCGCCAGCCCCGGCCUGUGCGUGCAGCCCCACCACAUCGGCGUCACCAUCAAGGAGCUCGACCUGUACCUGGCCUAUUUCGUCCACGCGCCAGAUUCCGGACAGUCCGACAGCUCCAACCCGCAGGGAGACGCGGACAUCAAACCACUGCCCAACGGCCACCUGACCUUCCAGGACUGCUUUGUCACCUCGGGGGUCUGGAACGUGACCGAGCUGGUCAGGGUGUCCCAGACCCCCGUGGCCACGGCGUCGGGCCCCAACUUCUCGCUGGCCGACCUGGAGAGCCCGGGGGGCUACUACAACAUCAGCCCCGUCGCCCUCGGCCGCCGGCCCCUGGGACCCCCCACUGCCAGUGGCCCCAAGCGCCCCAAGGCGCUGGACGAGGGGGACCUGGAGGGUCCCGGGGACGAUGUCUUCUACCCCGGGCCGGGGCGGUCCCCAGCCCCCGGCAGCAGCCAGGGACCCUGGGGGGGGGACGUUGACACCGGCAGCCCGCGGGCCACGGCCUCGGCGCUGCACUUCCCGUCGGGGUCCCUCCUGCCCCAGUCGAGCCCCUACUUCGCCCACCCCACCAUCCGCUACCACCACGGGCAGGACUCGCUCAAGGACUUCGUGCAGUUCGUCUGCGCCGACGGCGCCGCCCAGGGCCCCCAGCAUUCGCAGCGUCAGGCGCCGCCGCUGCCCCCCGCCUUGUCGGCCUCGGACCCCGCGACGGCAACUUUCUGACCCUCCCCC